AUGGCGGAAUCGUCGAUGUUUAAGCAAGCCCAGGCGGCACUUAACUACCUAAGACCCCAUCUCCCAGAGGCCUUGCGAACUCCUCGAGUAGCCGUAAUAUGUGGUUCUGGCCUAGGGGGUCUUGCAGAUACCAUUGAUAGCAAGACUAAGGUUGAAUUUGAUUAUCGGGACAUUCCGAAUUUCCCUGCUUCCACUGUACCGGGUCACUUAGGAAAGCUUGUAUUUGGAUACUUGGGCGCGGAAACGCCAGCUGUUUUGAUGGUGGGAAGAGCACAUUUCUAUGAGGGACACUCCAUCGACAAGGUCACGUUUCCGGUGCGGCUUUUCAAAUUACUGGGCGUGGAGAUCAUGAUAGUGACAAAUGCAAGCGGAGGAUUAAACUCCGAGUAUGCAGUCGGCGACGUCGUUCUGAUCAACGACCACAUCUUCCUCGCCGGUUUAGCCGGCCUACAUCCAUUGCGAGGACCCAACGAGGAUGAGUUUGGUGUCCGGUUCCCAGCACUUUCAGACGCAUACGACCUCGAGCUCAGACGAACAGCGCACCGCGCAUGGACCAAAGUCAUCCGGGUAGAAAGCAAGCGAAGAAUUCAUGAAGGCGUGUACGCCUUCUGUGCAGGGCCAAGUUUUGAAACUAGGGCGGAGUGUAGAUUCUUAAGACAACUUGGCGCAGACCUGGUCGGAAUGUCGACCGUGCCAGAAAUCAUUGUGGCACGACAUUGCGGACUUCGAGUGCUUGCUUUGAGCCUCGUUACCAACAAUGCAGUCUUGACUCCCGUGCCACGUGGCGAUGACCGUCUCCUCCAAGAGACGGAAAGGGCCCAACUCAAUAGAAUUGUUGAAGAGGGUAAAGCCAAUCAUGAAGAGGUUUUGAAGGCGGGUAGCCAAGCAGCAGCGGACGUACAGAAACUGGUCAGACAGGUAGUCCUAGAUAUGUUUCCACAAACCAUUAACUAGGCCUUUCACUGGUGGCCUGGUUAUCCCAUAAAAUCGAUAUCUAUCCAUAGA